GGACACAUAUAACGUCCUUUGGACUGGCGGGAACCUGCCGCCUGUGUCCGAGACCCAGCGCCGCCUCAGGGGUGCACAGCUUCACGCAUGAUGGCGGAGGAGAAGCGCUCAUCACGUCUGCAGACAGGUGCUUAUAUUGGAGAUAUCUCAGCUCUGUGCCUUCUCCACGUUCCCUGCAGCAUCUCCUCUCGCCCUUUUAUCCUCGCGGGAACUGGGUCACAAAUUCUUCUUUAUGACGUUGGAAAAAGCAAAAUCUUGAACUUGUUCAAUGUCUUUGGGGGUGUCAGGGUGCAUGGGAUCUUUUCUGGUGCUCCCUCUUAUUGCAACGAAUCUUCAAAAUGGUUUUUCAAAAUUGCUGUAUUUGGAGAGAAAAGUGUUAAGCUCUUCCACUUGUCUUUUAGUGGAUUGGAUUGUACAUGUCUGAAUGAUGUGAAUGCUGGAUUACUACUGAUGCAUUCAUUGCCAAAAUUUGGUUGCUGGGUAAUGGAUGUCUGCCUCUUGAAGGUUGAUGGUGAUGGGACUUGUAAUGAAGAAGGCAGCAAUCUGGCAAUAGGACUCAGUGACAACUCGAUUCACCUUUGGGAUGUCUGUGGAGCUAAAGUAGUCCUUGAAGUGCAGUCUCCUGAGAAAUGCCUUUUAUAUUCAAUGAGAUUUUGGGGGGAUAACCUGAAACAUCUUCACAUUGCUUCAGGCACAAUCUACAAUGAGGUGAUUUGUCAUGUAUUUGAGCUAUGCAUUUUGCUAAGUAUCCGUGUGGACAAUAGCUUCUCAAAAAGAACUGCCAACAAUUUUAGAGGGGGUGAUAAUCUCAAACCAGUUCAGUGUAAAUAUUUCAAGUUUCAAGGUUUGGAAUACAAAGCAAUUCAAUCGACUAGACUUGUUGGGCAUGAAGGUUCAAUCUUUCGCAUAACAUGGUCAUCUGAUGGAUCUAAACUCAUGUCUGUUUCUGAUGACCGUAGUGCCCGUAUAUGGUCUCUUUGUGUUGAUAAUUCUGGCCAUCUUCAAGUGCAGUCUAAUCAUAUUUCAGCUCGGCAUGUUCUAUUUGGUCAUAGUGCUCGAAUUUGGGACUGCCACAUGUCUGAAUCACUUGUUAUAACUGCUGGUGAGGAUUGUACUUGUCGCAUUUGGGGCAUAGAUGGAGGUCAUCUUCUUACACUAAAAGAACAUGCGGGGAGAGGUAUCUGGCGAUGUUUGUAUGAUCCAACUUUUUCUCUUCUUAUCACUGCUGGCUUUGACUCUGCAAUCAAAGUGCACCCUUUGGCAGCAUCAUUAACUCGUCCUGUCUGUCAAUCUAGUGUUGAUGGAACAAUGUCCUCCAGAACGGAAGUACUUGAUCUUUUCAUUCCUAGCACCUCACAUGAAGGUGGUGUUAGAGGGAUGAAUAGCAAAAGUGAAUAUGUAAGGUGCUUGCAUUUUGCUCGAGAGGACACUCUUUAUGUUGCCACUAAUCAUGGGUACUUGUACCAUGUUAAUAUUUCUUUUGCUGGAACUGUGAGCUGGACUAAAGUUGUCCAGGUCAUUGGAGGAAAUAUUGUUUGCAUGGACGUAAUGUCUUUGAAGUCAGCAAACGUCUUUGAACAUGUUGAAGAUUGGAUUUCUGUUGGAGAUGCCAAAGGAAAUGCAACAGUUGCCAAAAUCAUCUUCGUGUCUUCUAGCCCCAAAGUUACUUUUAGUUGUAAUUGGACGGCAGAGCGAGAACGGCAGCUUUUGGGCAUAUACUGGUGUAAAUCAUUAAGUUACAGCCACAUUUUUACAGCUGAUCCUGGAGGCAGGUUGAAGCUAUGGAGGAUCUCCAAUUUCAUGGCAUCAAUUCCUGAUAAAACUGUUCCUCAUUGCAAAAUACAUUUAGCUGCAGAGUUUAUAUCUGACUUUGGAGCACGAGUUAUUUGCCUUGAUGGUUCAUUUGAACAGGAGUUACUUGUCUGUGGGGAUCAACGUGGUAAUCUCGUUGCUUUCACUAUGGAAAAAAGCCUUAUGCUAUCCACUAGUAUAGAAUCAGCAAACAAGAUAUUGCCAUGCAAUCAUUUCAAAGGUGCUCAUGGGAUCGGAAGCGUCACUAGCGUAUCCAUUUCUGGAUCUAGUCAUGGCCAAGUCAGCAUACAUUCUACUGGAAGAGAUGGAUGCAUUUGUUAUUUUGUGUAUGAGCAAAAUGGAAUCCUGAAAGGCUUAAACUUUGUGGGGUUGAAAAGAAUAAAAGAAAUUUGUGCCAUUGAUUCUUUUCAUAAUGGUGGUCAUCUGCUGGAAGACUUGGGACCAGGCAAGUAUGCAAUAGGUUUUGCUUCUGCUGAUUUUAUUAUAUGGGAUUUGGUGAAUGAGUUUAAGAUUCUACAAGUUCCUUGUGGUGGAUGGAGAAGGCCUUAUUCUUAUUUUGUUGGUGAUACACCAGAAUUGCAAAAUUGUUUCGGAUAUGUCAAGGAAAACAUUAUACAUGUUCAUAGAGUCUGGGUGCCAACUAGGGAGAAAAGGUUGUUGCCUCGUGCUCUGCACUUGCAAUUUCAUGGUAGAGAGAUACAUUCUCUUUGUUUUAUAGAUGUUGGAUUGCAAGUCAUCUCACGCCAGAGUAACAAUUACUUGAACAAUGUGUCCUGGAUUGCAACUGGAAGUGAAGAUGGGACUGUACGUUUGACGAGGUACAUUACAGAUGAAAUGGGGAGGUGGUCCUCAUCCAAGCUGCUUGGAGAGCACGUUGGUGGAUCUGCUGUAAGAUCCAUUUGUUUCGUCAGAAAAUCACAUGGCUUUUUGGUCAAUGGCAACUGCAAGACUCUUGGUGAACAUGGAGGCAGUGCUUGUUCAUAUGCAAUAGAAGAUCCUGUUCUACUUAUUUCUGCUGGGGCAAAGCGGGUUUUGACAUGCUGGAUUUAUCAUUCUAAAAUAACAUCUGGGAGAUUUGUGGAAAUUGGUCAUACACCUGCAGAAGAAAAUGCACAUGCUUUGGAUACUUCAGCAGGAGAAGAUAAAUUAAUUUCUUUCCAUUGGCUUUCCAAUCAUGUGCCAUCAAAGUUUUCCAGUACACAUAGGAGACUGGAAACUAGAGAGGAAGUCCCUGGGAAUGUCAAGAACAUUUCUUUAGAUGGUUCUUGCAUUGCCAAAGCUUCUGAUGUACAGAAUGGUGAGCCUAGAUCAAAACACGUGCAUCCUAAGGAAAUUGAAAAUGAUUGGAGAUAUUUGUCCGUGACAGCUUUUGUUGUGAAAAGUCAUGAUUCCAAGCUACUAGCUUGCUUUGUUGUGGUUGCGUGUUCAGAUGCAACACUUACAUUACGUGCUCUUCUUCUGCCAUGCCGGCUCUGGUUUGAUGUUGCUUUACUAGUGCCCCAUACGUCUCCUGUUCUGACGUUGCAGCAUGUUGUCAUUCCCAUUUAUAUGGGGGGUCAAGGUGAGGUGCAGAUUGAAAUCUUCUAUCUUGUUGUCAGUGGUUCUACAGAUGGAAGCAUCAUCUUUUGGGAUCUGACUGAAACUAUCAGAUCUUUCAUGUUGUGGGUGUCUGAGAUUCAACCUGAAAAGCUGAUUGACUGCAAUAGGCGGCCUCGCACUGGUAGAGGAAGCCAGGGUGGGAGAUGGUGGAGAUCAUUAAAUAAAGCAUCAAAAGAAAAAGACCCUGUCAAAUCUGAGUUCUGCUGGGAUGACAAAAGUGAUAAUACUGAAAAGGAAGAGUAUAAUGUCGAAAAUAAUGCACAAGCAGGCAGACUCUUGGAGGAUCACAUAUUGUCUAACAGAAUUCACGAAAUUCAACCAUUACAUGUUAUGCACAAUGUUCACCAAUCUGGUAUCAAUUGCCUCCAUAUCUCCCAAGGGAAAGAAAAUGUUUUCCAUGUAGUAAGUGGAGGAGAUGAUCAGGCACUACAUUAUCUAUCUUUUCAGUUGAUAUUACAACAGGUAAAUAAUGAAAACAUGGUAAAGAGAGAGCAAACACAUAAUUCUACAGUAUGCUUGGACGAAAUGUUGCUUCUGGUUUCUGACAGAAAGAAUAAAUACAUGCUGAGAUUCUUACAUCAUCAUACAGUUGCCUCAGCCCACAACUCUGCAGUAAAAGGAGUGUGGGUUGAUGGAACUUGGGUUUUCUCAACUGGUCUUGAUCAGAGAGUACGUAGCUGGCAUCUUGGAGGAUGUGGUAAAAUGAUAGAGUGUGCAUGUUUGAUUGUUGAUGUUCCCGAACCAGAGGGUUUGGAUGCAAAAGCCUGUGGAAGAGACAGCUAUCAGAUUGUCGUUGGUGGAAGGGGAAUGCAAAUGGUUGAAUUUGUGGUCCCCUAUGACACUGACUUGGUUUCAUGAAUUGAGCUGCAUGGCUAGUCAAGUGGAUGCUUCAGAAGUAGCUGUCAAGGGCUCGAACUAGUUUGUGUGAUUGAAAUAAGACUGAGAAAUCAUCCAUUCCAAGACCUGUCUCAUGUAAUUCAAGUGACGCUGCUGUCCCAUGAAAGGGGAUUUUGGAGAAAGUGAGAAGAUUAACGGACCAUUUCAAAGAUGGUGAAAGAAGGUUUUAGAAGUCUCUCCAUGUCAGGAAGAAGAUCCUAGCCCACUUUGGAAAUGCCUUUCAUAUUUCAGUAUGAAAAGAAUGGGAAGAAUGUUUUAGGAUCUAGACCGCUGAGCACUGGAACUAACCUUCUUUGUUGCCAUUUGUCAACAGAACGCCUUUCUGGUCAUAUUCCGUCAAUGCAAACUUUGUUAAGGCUCACUUUUUUCGUGCUGAUUAUGAUGCACAUGGACUACUGGAAAUUGUGUGUUGAUGAUUUCUUUGCCAGUUUAUAGUUCAGGAUGACUUGUACUCUUUAA